AUGUCCGAGUUUGAUUGCCUCAAGAUGAAAGACAAUGAUAGUAUAGAUGAUUUUGUUGGGAAGAUAUCUGAGAUUUCGUCUAAAUCAGCCGCUUUAGGAGAAACUAUGGAAGAACCAAAGUUGGUGAAGAAGUUUCUCAAGAGUCUACCGAGAAAGAAAUACAUUCAUAUAGUUGCUUCUCUUGAACAAAUUCUGGACCUGAAUACAACUAACUUUGAAGAUAUCAUUGGACGCUUAAAAGCUUAUGAAGAACGCAUAAGCGAAGAAGAAGAGGAUCGCCAAGAUGAUCAAAGCAAGUUGAUGUAUGCCAACAUGGAGACACAAUCAAAUCCCAACUAUCAUGGCGAGUACAGAGGAAGAGGCCGAGGAGGAAGGUAUAAUAGUCGAGGAAGAGGGCGUGGUAGGUCUUACUGGGAAAACCGAGAGUCCUCUAAAGCGUAUUGGGAGAACCGUGAUGCGUCUAGACUUACUUGCUAUAGGUGUGACAAAGUGGGUCACUUUGCGGCAACCUGUCCCGACAGGCUCCUUAAGCUGCAAGAAACGCAAGAGACUAAAGAAGAAGAAACAGAAGCGGCGAAUGCAUUGAUGAUGCACGAGAUCGUGUAUCUCAACGAGAGAAACGUGCGACCAAAGGAGUUUGAGUCGAGCUCAGAUGGAGACAGAGUAUGGUAUUUGGACAAUGGUGCGAGUAACCAUAUGACAGGAAAUAUGAGUUAUUUCAAGUCCAUUGAUGAGACAAUUACCGGGAAGGUAAGGUUCGGAGAUGAUUCGCGAAUCGAUAUUAGAGGUAAAGAAUCUAUUCUGUUCCUGACCCAAACAGGCGAGAAGAAACUUCUAUCUGAUGUGUAUUUUAUCCCAAACCUACAAAGCAACAUCAUUAGUCUUGGACAAGCCACUGAAGCUGGUUGUGAUGUAAGAAUGAAAGGUGAUCGUCUGACAUUGCAUGAUAAAGAUGGAUAUCUUAUUGUGCAAGCAACCAGAUCACGCAACCGGUUGUAUAAAGUCUCGAUGGAGAUAAAUAAUGUCUAG